AUGGCUGAGCGACCUUCGGGCCUUCCGAGGUCAUCUUUUGCACCUGCCUCUUCGUCUAUUUCUGGAAUUCCCAGGCAGCCCUCGACCUCGGCCACUGCAUCCACAUCACGCUUUGGAUAUCGUCCUCCGCCAGGAACCUCAAUACCCGCCGCUGGCAGCACCGCAACGGGCAUCGCAGCAGCGACCCCAUUGGGCAAGCGGACAGCCUCUAGUACGAGCUUCAAUGAUGCAUCCCAACCCUCAGCUGUGAAAAGACCUGCUGUCCGAGCCUCUGUAGCUGGCAAAGGCGACGUAGCUGCCACCCCACCCUCGACCGGCCCUCAAUCGCCAAGCGCCUCGCAGCAGCUUUCGACCCUCAAGACCCAAUAUGAGUCGCGCCUGCUGCUCUCAAAACAGAGCUACGACGCUCUCGAAGACGACUACCGUGGUAUCGUUGCCGAGACGGGGCGCCUGGAAAGCGAGCGGAGAAGUCUGUUGGAGGAAUGGGAGCAGGCAAAGGCGGCCAGGGCGGCCGAACUGGAGUCCUGGAAGAGCGAGCGGCAGGCAUGGAAGCAGAAGGAGGCAGAAAUGAGGAACGCCCUCUUUGCGAAAGACGAAGAACUUCAGACGAGCAGAGACACAAGUUCAAGGGAGAGGCAGGAGAGCCAGGCCCAGCUGAUGCAGAUGAUGACUAAAGUCAGUCGUCUUGAGGCGGAGCGAGACCAAGCGCUGGAUACCGCUCACAGUGCCCAGGAGCAAUGUCAAGCAGAGGUGGCUCGGCGGCAAGAGCAAGAGAUGACAGUACAAGAGCUGGAACGGCGUCUCUCUAGCACGGAAAGGCAGGUGUCCGGCAGGGAGAACGAGGCGGCGAUCGUUAGCCAAGAGCUCGAUCGGAUCUUAGCCCAAUCCAAGGAGCUUGAACGCGAGGUCCUCACUCUCAGGAGCAGCAACGACCUCUUCAAGAAACAGGCGCAGGGAGCCGCCGUUCUCAAGGAGGACAAUGCUGACCUCAAGCGCAAGGUAGAGGCUAUGGAUAAUAUGCGACAGCAAGUGGUGGAGUAUCAAGAGCGAGCGGAGCAAGUUCAAGGCGAGCUCGAGGGUUGGAAUUCCUUCCUCCUUUCAUCAGGCAGCUCAUCCUCAAAGAUCGAGGCCCAAGUUGCAAUGACUGCCUCUGAUCGUGAUGAGCCCAUUCCUGCUUUACCCUUGGCUCCUGAGCCGCUGAGUCGCUCGUCGCUUCCCGUUUACAUCGGCAGCCUGCGAGGCACGGCAUCCGGUUUGAUCACUCGUUGCCAAAUUCUGCAAGAGAAGGUCGGAAGCUCUGGAGGCAAAGUCGAUGAGCUGACAGAUAUCUUGCAGACGACGCAAGCCGAAUUGAGACGGGCGCAGCAGUCAGAAGCAGAUUGGCGCUCGAAAGAGCAAGGCUGGAAGCAGAGCCGAGAGGAGUGGCAGGACGAGAUGAGGAGAUAUCGCGACCUGCUGCAGAGCUACGAGAACGAGUCGGGAUCUGUCGUUAAAGCCCCUGAUCGCGACGAAGAGAUGCAAGAUGGUGAAGACGAAAGCAAAGCGGCAGAUAUGUCCAUGACACGGAUCUCAUCUUCGCAGCUGGAGCGCAUUUCGCUUCUGGAGAAGGACUUGCAAUUCCAACGUGACGAGGUCGUGCGUGUCUCUAGCGAGAAAGACGAACAGAUCGCUUCGCUCAGAGCAGACUUCGCCGCUAAGGACCAAAAGCUCAGCGAGCUCGAAGCGGGUGUCCGGGAACUCCAAGCCGAGAAUGCUCAGCUUGACGAGCAGCUAGGUCGCGCAGAGGAGCGACUUGGAAGAGGAGAAUUUGACGUGGAGCGCUACCAGUGCCUUGUGCUGAAGGACAACCCAGUCGAUCGUGAUAGAGACUUGAGGAAGUCCACCAUGGAUGCUCUUGAAAGGGAGAAUCAAGAGCUCAAGAAGAGGGUACAGGACAUCGGUACUCAAUUAGCUGCUCUUCAAGCUUCGGCUGAGCAAAAGCCAGCUUCGGAUGAAGGACAAAGCGGUGCUGCCGCCCCGGAACAUGAUGGUUGGAUGCCGGCGAGCGUUGUGGAGACGCUUCGCGAAGAAGUGCAAAGUCUGGAAGUCAAGGUCGCUUCCCGUGAGAAGGCAAUGCUCAGGCAGAAAGAAUCAUUUGGCGACCUGGCCAGAAUAUAUCGAGCGACGAUCGAGUCUCUCUUCGGUUUCAAGAUGCAAUUCCAUGGCAAUCGAUUGGUCGAAGUCCACAGCAUACUGAACAAGGCUGUCCGACCGGAGAACACGAGAUUGCUCUUCAAGUGGAAGGCACCAGCCAAGGGCCAGAAGGGGGACGGGGAGACGGUCCUUUGUCAAGAUGAAGGCAACGAGAGGACUUUGGCCAAGUUCUCGGAACAUAGUGGUUACUGGCUAUCGGCGGAGAGGUACAGAAUGCCGUGCUUCUUGGGCGCGAUGCAGAUGUCGGUGUACGAGGACGUCACCAUGGCUGUGAGAUCCACCUGGACGGUCCCCGACGAGGGUGAAGAGGAAGAGUGA